AUGUCUCUCUCCGCCGCUUCCAGCUCUAUCCUGCGCGCUUGCGCCCGGCAACAACUGCCCUCUUCUCGCGCCGCCAUUGCCUCCUGCCAGCAGCGGAGGGGAGUCGCUGAUGCCUCCAAGUCCACUUUCGAUAGCCCCUUCGGCAGCUCCAAGGAGUACUCUUCCACCCUGAAGAUCCCCGAUUUCAGCAAAUACCAGUCCAAGAAGCCCCCACGCUCCAACCAGGUCUUCUCUUACUUCAUGGCCGGUUCCCUCGGUCUGGCCUCUGCCGUCGGUGCUAAGGCCACCGUCCAGGACUUCCUGGUCAACAUGUCCGCCUCCGCCGAUGUCCUCGCCCAGGCUAAGGUUGAGAUUGGCCUUGGUGCCAUCCCUGAGGGCAAGAACGUUAUCAUCAAGUGGCGUGGUAAGCCCGUCUUCAUCCGUCACCGCACCCAGGACGAGAUCCAGGAGGCCCAGAAGACCGAGUGGCAGUCCCUCCGUGACCCCCAGGCCGACGAGGACCGUGUCCAGAAGCCCGAGUGGCUUGUCAUGCUUGGUGUCUGCACUCACCUUGGUUGUGUCCCCAUCGGUGAAUCCGGCGACUAUGGCGGCUGGUUCUGCCCCUGCCACGGUUCGCACUACGACAUCUCCGGCCGUAUAAGAAAGGGACCCGCUCCCCUCAACCUCGAGGUUCCCCAAUACAACUUCCCCUCCGAGGACACCCUCGUCAUCGGUUAA